UGGAAGUUAGGACGAGUUUUUAAAACAUACCCCGGUGUUGAUCAGAACACUCGAGUUGUAGAUAUUCGAACUUCCAAUGGCAUAGUCAGUCGACCCAUAACUAAGAUUGUCAAAUUAUUCUCAGACACCCCUAGCAAUUCAUAAUCACAUCAAAACACGGUACUCACGAGAUUUUGGUUACAGAUAAUGGCCGGAUAUUUACCUCGCCCAGAGUCCCCACGACCCGCCAGACCCACACGCCCUCGCUUCGACCCACGGGAACCCAGGUAUCGCCCCGCAUCUUGGCAGUAUGCCUGUGGCCUCUGCCAGGAGGACCACGCCAUACGGUCAUGCCCGCGGUUCCGGCAAAUGACACCGUAUCAGAGAUACGAGACAGUUGAGAGACGGAGUUACUGUCGGAACUGUCUGGCGCGCAGCCAUCUGGCCCCAGACUGCCCCGUGGUCACUGCCUGCCGAACAUGCGACUACCGCCAUCACACAAUGCUGCAUGGAGCCCCACAGCUUAGGGAGACAUACGGCAGCUACAGCCCGCCCCCAAUGGAGAUUGCCAACCCACGGCAACUUGCAAUCGAACCAGCCAACCAGAUGCCCAUCGUCCAAGGCCCUCCCCCGGUCGAGAUACCUUACAGCCGGGCCACUGUUUUUGUACCCACGGCGAUGGUGGAAUUGGCACCCGAGGAGCAGGACGAUUGGGCUGGGGUACGGGUACUUUUGUGCCAGGCAUCGACCAUCACCCGAAUCGCGGCAGCCACAGUAACUCGCCUGGGGAUACCAACGAGAGAGCGCAGAGGGCACCGUCUGGCAACAAUAAGACUUCGGUCAAGGCAUGCGUCGAGGAGGACCAUGCAUACCAUCCGGGCAGUGGUGACCCGGGAUUUGCCGCGACGACCCUAUUCAGAUCCCAUCAUUCCCGACCCCACAAGCAGCCUAAGAUCCCUUUCUUUGGCAGACGCUGACCCUAGGGGCAACGAACCAAUCGAUGUAGAGGUAGGGGCCGAUGCCUACGCCCACCUCCGGAGGAGUGGUGUUGUACAACCCGGAUUGGGAGCCGUCUUCGCCCAGGAGACAGAUUGGGGAUACGUGUUCGUCGGCCCAGUCACCUCACAGGCAAGAAACCAAAAUUAAAAAGAUACAAAGUGACACAAUAACAACCGACUCAAAAACCAAAUCUACACUCGACCCACAAUUGCAACAUCACAACAACCAUAAGUGCGGGACACAACAUACAACACCAACUAAUUCUAAUAUUGCAAACCCCCCACCUGUUAAAUACAAUGUCUAUCUACUACAAUCAACUAUACUCAUAAUUUAAAUUUUAAUCUACUUACUACUGCUACUUAAAUCUAUGAAUUGUGCUAUCUAAACCUAAAUAUUUGCUACUUAAACACUACGAUCUACGUAUAACUAAUGAAUUUAAAUAACAUAGAAAAGAACAUCACAAUAAACAAUCACCACCACAUUUGAAUUUUAAAC